AUGCCGCAGAAGGAAGAGCUUAUGCGUUUAGAAGAGGUUGUUCUUCCACAGGAUGAUGAUGACGAUGAUGAAAAAUAUCAGUACGAAACAGUCAGCGGUGAAAAGUUUGGACUGAGUGAUGAUGACAACGACGAUGAUGAUGAAGAAGACUUUGCCGCAGUACUACGAAGCUUGAAUCGUGAUGCAGGACACGACACGAUGGCCUCGGUGGACAAUUAUUUCCCCUCCUCCGACGCCAUUACUUCUGUAGAUCGCAAUGUUGACGAUAGCUCCAAGCAAGCGACGAUGAUACCUGUCCAUGCACAAGUACGACCAUCGGUUGUCGACGAUUUCAUCCGAAAUUUUUUGAUCAAGCUUGGACUUUCACGUACACUAGAUAUGUUUAACCAUGAAUGGUACGAGUUCAUUGCGAAAGGAAAGUUGUGUGAAGACGAAGUCGGUGUUGUGCCCGAUAUCUAUGUGCGCAACCAGGCUCUUGACGAUCAGGUGAAGGAGUUAAGGCGUCAGCUGGAUGACACCCGAAAGAUUACCGAAAAGGCCAAAGGCACAUGGGAUAAAUUUCGUCAUCAACGUGAUGUUCACAAGAUGCAUCAUCAGCGAGUAAUGCAAGAGAAGGAGGCGCUGGUCACCAAGAUUCAUAAGCUCGAGAAGCAUAUGGGUGCUUAUGAGCCUUUGAUUCAGGAGCUUAAAGCCAAGUAUGAAAAUUCAACCAAAGAGAAGAUGCUUGCUCGUAUCGAACGGGAUCGACAAGUAGCCAGGGCAGAGGCUUUAGAAAAUCAAAUUAAACUUCUUACGGGUGCUUCGACAGCAACCAACUUGUCAAAUGUAAAAAGUAAACAAGAGACUCAAGCAGGGCCGCUUAGCGGCACCGCUUCAACUACGGAUGGACUAUCAUCGUCAAAGACUAGCUCGAAAGGGCAAAAGAAAAAGAGCAAGAACAAACGUGACGUGCUUGAUACUAAGCUGCCUAAAUCUGACGCUAUAAAUUUAUUUGCCGACAAACACUUCGAGCCCGUAAAUCCCGAAGUCGUGGAACUUGCUCGGAGCUGCCAGGCGCACGCCAAUUCAGUGGCAGCAGUGGCAUUUCACCCAAAAAGUCCCAUGGUGGCGACUGUUUCGGACGAUGAGACUUGGAAACUCUGGUCGGCACCUUCUGGGGAACUCAUCAUGAGCGGUGAAGGUCACCGUAGCUGGCUAUCCAGCGUCGUGUUUCAUCCGCGAGGGACGCAUCUGGCAACGUCAUCGGGAGAUAAUACUGUUAAGAUCUGGGACUUCGUUGGCGCUACUUGUUCUUUAACGCUUACAGAUCACUCGCAUCCCGUUUGGGAGAGCGCGUUUCAUCAUGAUGGAGACUUUCUUGUUAGCGCUUCAAUGGACCAUACAUGCAAGUUGUGGGAUUUGCAAUCUGGACGUUGUCGCCGAACAUUUCGUGGCCAUGUGGACUCGGUCAACAGCGUUUGUUUUCAGCCGUUCUCUACAAACAUUUGCACAGGCUCAGGAGACAAGACGGUUUCUGUUUGGGAUUUACGAUCUGGUCUCUGCGUGCAAACUUUUUACGGUCAUCAGAAUGCUUGCAAUAGUGUGGCCUUUGCGCUUGCUGGUGAUAUCAUAGCAUCCUGUGACGCUGACGGUUUCAUCAAGGUCUGGGACGUCCGCAUGGUAGCUGAGCGUAGCUCACUUGAUGGCGGGCAGCAUCCGCUGAACAGUGUUGCAUUCGAUCGAAGCGGAAAGGUUUUGGCGGCGGCCAGUGACGAAGGGUUCGUCAAACUUUUCAGCAUCAAAACAGAAUCAUUUACAACGAAUCUUAAAGGCCAUGAAGGUCCAGUCCAGUCUGUCAGGUUCGACCCUAAUGGUCGUUUCUUAGCAUCAUCCAGUUCUGACUGCACAUUCCGGCUCUGGUCAAUUUAA